UGUCUCUAUUCCGGCGUCCGGCCGAGCUCCCUCUUCCUCCGAUCCCGGGCGGAGGUCUCUUCUCCGGCCGGGCAGCUCAGCGCCAUGCUGCUGGAGCGCGCCCGCGGGGAGAAAGCGGCCCCCGCCGAGCCCUGCGCCUUUGGCAGGAACCCAGACAUCCCUCUCUGUGCAGGCUGCAACCAACACAUCGUGGACCGUUUCAUCCUGAAGGUGCUGGACCGCCACUGGCACAGCAAAUGCCUCCGAUGCCACGACUGCCAGGUGCAGCUGGCGGAGAAGUGCUUCAGCCGCGGAGAGAGCGUCUACUGCAAGGAGGACUUCUUUAAGAGGUUUGGGACGAAAUGCGCAGCCUGCCAGCAAGGCAUCCCUCCCACCCAGGUGGUGCGAAGGGCCCAGGACUUCGUCUACCAUCUCCACUGCUUCUCCUGCAUCGUCUGCAAAAGGCAGCUGGCCACCGGGGACGAAUUUUACCUCAUGGAGGACAGCCGGCUGGUUUGCAAAGCUGACUACGAGACCGCCAAGCAGAGGGAGGCCGAGUCCACGGCGAAGCGACCUCGCACCACCAUCACCGCCAAACAACUGGAAACCUUGAAAAAUGCCUACAACAACUCGCCCAAACCAGCCCGCCACGUCAGAGAGCAGCUGUCUUCCGAAACAGGCCUGGAUAUGAGAGUGGUCCAGGUGUGGUUCCAGAACAGACGGGCCAAAGAGAAACGCCUGAAGAAAGACGCCGGAAGGCAGAGGUGGGGCCAAUAUUUCAGGAACAUGAAACGGUCCAGGGGGAAUUCCAAAUCGGACAAGGACAGCAUCCAGGAAGGAGGGCCAGACAGCGAUGCGGAGGUGUCUUUCACAGAUGAACCUUCCAUAUCCGACAUCAACCAUCCCAACGGGAUUUACAGCACUCUCGGGGAAAACUCCCCCAUUCUGGCGAAACCACCCGGGAGCAGCGGGAACUUCUCCUUGGAACAUGGUGGCAUCCCAACUCAGGACCAAUUCCAUGAUCUCCGGUCAAACAGCCCUUAUGGGAUGCCCCCCUCACCAGGGUCCUUACAAGCUAUAUCUGGUCACCCAUCCUUAAUGUCCAGCUUGGUUUACCCAGACCACGGCUUGGGCAUCGUGGGCCAAGGCGGACAAUCGGUGCCUCAACCCAUGAGGGUCUUGAGCGGGAACGGACCCAAUUCAGAUCUCUCUUCAGGAAGCAGCGGAGGGUAUCCGGAUUUCCCAGCCAGUCCGGCUUCUUGGCUAGAUGAAGUUGACCACGCACAGUUUUGAUACUGGACUGGAGAACUCCUUGGUAGAAACUGGACAUCCACCUGGAAUGACCCAGGAGAGUGGACAAGAGAAAGGUCAGCCAGCAGAGACAAGUGGGAAAAAAACGGAAGGAGGACAUGGAAGCUCCUGUCCAAGGAUGGACCUUGGGAGGAGUGGAGGUGAUGAUGGGACCAGGCCACAGCUUCAUCUUGAUGGAGCCCCCUGGGCAGCUUCUUCCCCAGAUACGGCUGGACCCGAACAGACUUUGCUUUCCAAGUUUGGCGAAGCGUAUUCUGUUCUCUGUGCGUUUGUUCAUGGCAGAGUCUGGCCCAAGAGAAGAUAUUUUUUUAUAAAACCCGAGGAAACCGAGGUCACCUGAGGAGGAAGGAAGAGAAACCAAAAUAGCCUUAGCUUACCUUCAUCGUACUUGCCAAACGCUUUCUCACCUGGAGCAGCCUGUCCACAUCUUUUAUUAAAAACCUUUAAAAUUUA